AUGAAAAAGAGACAGGUGGUGGUGGUGGUGAAAAGCAACAACAGUUCGUCUUCGAGAAAUGUUGUACGUUAUGGAGAGUGCCAGAAGAAUCAUGCUGCUUCGAGUGGAGGAUAUGCUGUUGAUGGAUGUAUGGAGUUCAUGGCGAGUUCCGGAGAUGAUGCGCUUAUAUGUGCUGCUUGUGGUUGCCAUAGGAACUUUCACAAAAGAAAAUUGGAAACUGCAGAUUGA